CCGAAUUCGGUGGCGCCACGUCCGCCGGUCUCCGCCUUCUGCACGGCGGCUUGGGCGGCUUCCGCGUCGACACCUUCCACUCGCGGAGCCGGCCGCGUCGUGAGGGGGCCGGGACGGGGAGUCGGGCGGCUGUGCGCAUCCUGGCCACCUAAAAGGCGAAGAUGUCGGACAUCGGGGACUGGUUCAGGAGCAUCCCGGCCAUCACGCGCUAUUGGUUCGCCGCCACCGUCGCGGUGCCCUUGGUGGGCAAACUCGGUCUCAUCAGCCCGACCUACCUCAUCCUCUCGCCCGAAGCCUUCCUCUAUCGCUUCCAGAUUUGGAGGCCAAUCACUGCCACCUUUUAUUUCCCUGUGGGUCCAGGAACUGGAUUUCUUUAUUUGGUCAAUUUAUAUUUCUUGUAUCAGUAUUCCACACGACUCGAAACAGGAGCUUUCGAUGGGAGGCCAGCCGACUAUUUAUUCAUGCUCCUCUUCAACUGGAUUUGCAUCGUGAUCACUGGCUUAGCAAUGGAUAUGCAAUUGCUGAUGAUUCCUCUGAUCAUGUCAGUACUUUAUGUCUGGGCCCAGCUGAACAGAGAUAUGAUUGUAUCAUUUUGGUUUGGAACCCGAUUUAAGGCCUGUUAUUUACCUUGGGUUAUCCUUGGAUUCAACUAUAUCAUCGGAGGCUCGGUCAUCAAUGAGUUAAUCGGAAAUCUUGUUGGACACCUUUAUUUCUUCCUAAUGUUCAGAUACCCAAUGGAUUUGGGAGGAAGAAAUUUUCUCUCCACACCUCAGUUUUUGUACCACUGGCUGCCCAACAGGAGAGGAGGGGUAUCAGGAUUUGGUGUGCCCCCUGCUAACAUGAGGCGAGCCGCCGAUCAGAAUGGCGGCGGCGGGAGACACAACUGGGGACAGGGCUUUCGACUUGGGGACCAGUGAAGGAGCGGCCUCUGGCCUGCCCACCACCGCUCUGCUCAGAUGAAGUUUCCUGCCAGUGCUGGGUGUACUUAACAACCGAGUUCUAGCUAACGCUGUUGGACCCGACCCGCACUGAAUGUAGUCUUUCAGUACAAGACACAGUUUUUUAACUCCUGAAGAAAAAUAUAAGUGUUCCUCGAGUUUCACGAUUCUUGUUCAAGUCCUUACUGCUCUGAAGAACAAAUGUCACCUCUGCAAAUCUCAGAACCAACUAUAUUUUUUGGGGUCUUCUCUUCCUUUUCCAUCUGAAUAAUGGGUUUUGGCAGGUCCUGGUCUGCUGGCACCAAGCUGAGCAUCGGGUUGGGUCACCAAACCCUUGUUGAAGGGACUCUUACCUCUUUCUUGCACACGUCUCCUUCCUGCUUUUCCCUACUUCCAAAUUUGCAGCUAGAGGAGGGUGCCCAUAAAAUGGUUCUGCUUUUAACAAGCUCUCUUAUUUAUUGACUUUUGCCAAGGCUUGGUCACAAAGAACUUGUUCACACCGUUUUUUACCCCUUUGGUGGCAGAACGGUACCCAUAGGGGAGAAGACUGGAGCAGCAGAUGAAGCGCGCUCUCAGCUUUUGGAAUUGCUAGGACCUGAUAUCAGUUGCAACCAUUUGCCACGUCUUCAGCCGUUUUUAUUAAAAUAACACCACUGAGUCAGCGAGGGCCGCAGAUUGGUAUUAAUGGGGCAUGAGCAUUGUCGCUAGGCAUUUUUUCCCUAAGUUGAGUGAUCAAAACUGUUGUGGAGUUGCAUCUUAGACUGGGGCUAGGGUUAAACUGUGCUGGGCAUAAUCCCUUUGCAUCUCACGUGUGGGGCUUUCUGGCUUUGUGUGUGCCCAAUGUAGUUGGGUUGUGUUGUCCUAGAAGGUUCCAGAUCACAUUUGCCACAGGGAGAUGCUCUCUGAGUGGCACCUGGGUAUCGAUUCCAUUUCAUUCUCAUUCUGGAUAUAUGUUUAUGGAGAAGAGUGGAUGGGAAAACCUAUUUAAAUUGUCUGUUUUUAAAUCCCCCUUCUCCCUUAAUGGCUACACGCUUCUCUUAAUUGUGAGGAAAGUGCAGCUCCUCUGUACGUAGAUCCUAUUUUAAGAGCUAAUAUAAGCACAUCUAAGUGAAUCACACAAUUUUGGGUUGUAAUGACUUUAGAAUCAUUUGUGGUUGAGGGUCCUUAUUAUUUUGAGUGGAGUGUACGAGUCACGAAUGUACCUCAGUCCAGCUCAAAUACCCACAACUCCUUGUCCCAGGUGGGCUUUUUCCAUCAGAGCUAGGCUUGUCACCAAAUAAAGUUUUUUGAAGGCUGUGAUGUUUCACACAGUUCCAUAUUUUGUUUUUCUUCUGAAAGCAGACUGCUAGGGAGCAGUGUCGAGUGGCUGCCAUGCUUUGAGUCACCUGAAAAGGCUUUGCACAUUUUGGUCGAUUUCUUUUCAGGAAGCAUUGUGCACUAACAGGAUGACUAUUUCUGCCCCACUCUUAAACAGUGAUGUGGGUUAUCCUAGGAAGUGGGGCUUUGAAAACAGCUUAUUUCUAAUAAAGUUUGUGUGUACCUCUCCAUGUUUAAUUUAUGUGAUAACAUAGGUGGGGAGAAGCUGAAUCUUAACUGUCAUACGUUCUGCUGUUGACCCGUGGCCACAAUAAAAUUGACUUGUAAAGUUUUAGAAGCCAUUAUUCCUGUUAUGUCGCACAUGCAGUCAUUGUACUGGAGUGGGAACUCACUGUCUGUAAGAAGAAUCUCAUGGUAAGUGAGCCAGGCUCUCUCACACCCUCAGCAACUCCACUGCCCGAGAGCGGUGGUUUUUCCAAAGGUUAUAAGUAUUAUUUAGAAUUCUUCAGUUCAAGGCAAAGUGUUCAUUAAAUUCUUCCUCUUAAACGUGUUUAGGAAGCCGAUGAUUUUAUUAAGCUCAUCUGGAUUACCUAUAUUUUUGGAAUCAUUUUAGCUAAGCAAGCUAUUUGAGAUUUGAUUGAGCAAGGCGAGACAUGCCAGUGGAUUCUCUUUAUGAAUGAAAAAAAAAAUCCUUAUUUUGUAUAGAGAAAUUACCUUUUUGUAACAUCCUUUUUAUUGGUAAAAAUUGUGAAUUAAAAUGUACAAGUUGA